AUGAUCGGAAAGGCUUUAGUGGUAGUUUUAUUGGCAGUGGUGGUGUAUCAGACUUUGCAAAUUCAAGAAUAUAAACAACAAUUAGAGAAGCCUUCCUAUGAAGCAGCCAUCAUCAAUGAAAAUUUAAAAGCAUCAUCAAACGCUGCAACGGAAUAUUCAGGUACCACAACCACCGUUCCUUAUUCAACAUUUACAUCCAAACAUUAUGAUAUUAUUUUGAAUAUUUUGGGAGGUGAUCAAUCAAGAUUAUUUAGCACAAAAUUUGGACCCAAGGAUGUCAAUCAAACAAUAACUGUUGAAAAAUAUACCAUGGAUGCUUCACAUUUCCAUAGAGGACAAGCUGAUGUUGUUGUCUUUCCAACAAGUAAUGAAGAAGUGUCGAAUAUUAUGGCGCUUUGUGUCAAUGAAAGAAUUCCUAUUGUUGCACAAGGUACAUUAACAGGACUUGAGGGUAGUGCUGUACCCUAUGAAGGAGGUGUUGCUAUUAAUAUGAGAUUAAUGCGUUCAGUGGUUCAUCUCUAUGAAGAGGAUUUGCAAGUGCAGGUCCAAGCAGGCAUCAAAAAGUCAGAAUUGAAUGAAUAUUUGGAAAAAAAAGGAUUAAUGUUUGCAGUCGAUCCAGGCUCAGACAGUAGCAUUGGAGGCCAAUUGUCAACUGGAGCAUCAGGUACACUCUCUAUUGCUCAUGGAACUAUUCGUGAAAAUGUCAUUCAACUGAAGGUAGUUUUACCAGAUGAGAAAGGCACAAUUAUCACAACCAAGUCACGUGCUCUUAAGAGCAGCACUGGAUUUGAUUUGACACAUCUUUUCAUUGGAAGUGAGGGAUUGUUAGGAAUUAUUGUUGAGGCAACUCUUAAAGUUGUUGCAAAACCAAGCAAGGUCUUGGCAAGCCGUGUCAUUUUUAAUACCAUUAGCGAGGCUGCAAAGACUGUGAUUGAAAUCAAAUCGAGAGGUGUCUCUCAAAUGGCUAGAUGUGAAUUAAUUAACAAAUAUGGUAUUUUGGCUGUGAAUAAGCUGUUCAACAGGACCUAUGAGAUCAAGCCAACUUUAUUUUUUGAAUUCCAUGGCUCUGAUGAAGCCUCCCUCAAAGUGUCAUCUACCAUUGUUCAAGAAAUUGCUCAAAAACACAAUGGAUAUGGAUAUCUUGCAACUACUGAUGAAAAUGAGCAAAAAGAAGUCUGGCACGCAAGAAGAAAUGUCUACUAUGCCGCUUUUAGAUUGAAAGAAGGAAAGAAAGGAGACGUAAAAUUAUAUGUCACCGAUGUUUGUGUUCCAAUUAGCAAGCUUGCAGAAAUAAUUGAAGUCAGCGAAAAGGAAAUUGUUGAGUUCAAUGAAAAGCAAACAAAAGAAGGCAAUUUCACACUUCCUCCUGCCAUAGUAGGUCAUGUUGCUGAUGGAAACUUCCACUUUAUGAUUCCCUAUCUAGAAAGUAACAAACAAGAAUUGGAAGCAAUUUUGCAAUUCAAUGACAAAUUGGUAAAGAGAGCAAUCCAGCUUGAAGGAACAUGCUCUGGAGAACAUGGAGUUGGAAUUGGAAAGCAAGAUGGACUCUCCAUUGAACACAGCCCAGCAGCAGUUGAAGUAAUGAGGACAAUUAAGAAAGCAAUUGACAAGAAUCAAGUAUUGAAUAGAGGAAAAGUGUUUCCAUGUUGCAACUAA